AUGCCUGCCCCAAGCGAAAGCAGCUUAUUCAACAUCAUCGUGGUUGGCGGAGGCAUUGCAGGACUGUCCGCAAGCGAAGGAAACGUAACUCCUGUUACGAUUCGAACGGGCUCCGUAGUUCGGGAAAGCGACCCAGAAACCGGAACCGUGAAACUCGAUUCCGGAGAAGUGCUUUCUGCAGACCUCAUAAUUGGAGCUGACGGAAUUAAGAGCGUUCUUCGACAAUUCAUCAUUGGAAAGGAAGCUCCUGCAAUACCAACUGGACUUUCGGCAUACCGACUCGUGAUUAACAGCUCCGAGUUGGAGCAAGAUGAAGACUUCACAUCCGUGAUAGAUCCGAGGCAAUCGUUUACUACGAUGAUCAUGGGAUAUGAUCGACGGAUCAUCAUGGGCCCCGCGAGAAACGGAUCGAUCUACAGCAUUGUAGCUUUAGUACCAGAUGACCAAAUGCAGGAAAAUGCCGAAGGGAAGUCGUGGACCACCAAGGGUAGUCCUGAUAAACUCAGGGAAACAUUUGACGUGUUUCCAAAGUGGGCCAAGGCUGUUUUCAAGAACUGCACCGAAGUCGGAUUGUGGCAGCUACGCGACCUAGGGGCCAGCCAGGCUAUCGAGGAUGCAGAGGCUCUAGGAGCCAUCUUUUCAGACAUCGAGGGAAAGCCGACCAGAUCGCAGAUAACAGAGAAACUGAAGAUAGUAUUCGACUGUCGGUACGAGAGGGCCACGGUCAUCCAAGGCUACAGCAGAGCAUCCGGAAAGCCUGCGACAGACAAGGGCAACAACAAGAUCACGAUGAACCCGGCCGAAUUCAUGGACUACAAUUGUACCUAUAAUGGCGCAAAAGACUGGAUUGAGCGACAAGCCAGGGCGAAAAUAUUGGCUAAAGUUGAAGAGUCGAAGGAAACAGCGCCAAUCUCCAUUGCGACGAAACAGAUGGCUGCGAUUUCUCUGGGCAGUGAAUGA